CAGAGGCUUUGUGGACAUUUUUCCAGACUCUCAAUCCUGUUUGUAAUGACGCAUGAACAUCAUAAUUAUGUACUUUACUUCCUGUGCAGCGGUCGGCACCGUUCCUGCUGACUCCCCACACUCAGGCUCAGUUUGGGAAGAUGAACGAAGACUUUGACAGCAUGCUCCAGAGAAACCAGAUUCUCCUCCCCGUGGCCGACCAGCUGACUGGAGCUGGGGUAGGGGGUGGAGAAAUGAACGUGGUCAGGGAGAGAGGUCCUCCGCGAGUGAUGCCAGUGACUGUCCCAGUCACCCAGUCUCCGGGAACCGUCAACACACAGAUCGCUCAGCACCUGGCACAGCAGAUGGACGCGAGAGUGAUCACCUCCUCCUCGGCCGCAGCUAGUGGCAACUCCAGUGGCUCCGCCGCCAGCAGCUCUGGCACCAUUUCUUCCCUCAUAUCCCCCCAGAGUGAUAUGUCGGCCAGUCCAGUGUUUGCCAAGAGUCUAAAGUCACCUGCCGCCAUGCCACCUCCUCUGGGGACACCAACUAGACUUCAGACUCUGAGGAACCAGUCCCUCAAACUGCACCUCCCUGGCAGUGGACGCAGCUACAUCUCACUAGGUAGUGGAGGUAGCACCAGUCCAGGUGGGAGGAGAGGGAGAGAUGGAGGAGACGGAGAUGAAGGGGCGGGCCCUGGUACUAAGCCACACCUACGUGUCAAGAUCCCCGGGCAGAAAGGCUUUGUACCCAGAACUCAAGCCAUCUCGCCACUGCCUCAGAUGGAACUAACUACGGCUGCCAUUUCCGGAGCCAAAAAUACCACUACCACUACAAUGAAUGCGCAACAACGGUCCGACAAAGACGGCCCCACACAGACCACGAACGCCGGUACCACACACACAGAAUCCCUUACCACACCGGUUCUAUCGUUGGCCACGCCCAACCUCCUGAGUGCGCUCCCUCCGCCGCUAUUCUCCGGCCUCAGCGGAGAUUUUCCAUUCAGUGCAUUCAUGAGCGGUGGUCUCGGUAGUGGUACCAGUGGAGGGGGUGGGGGUGGGGAACUUUCGUCUGCUUUGGUCGCAUUCCCCGUGAGCAUCCAACCGUCGUCGACAAGCGGUGGCAACUCGUCCGCGGGGAACAUAGUCCUCCAGGCGCAAAACAUGGGGCAACCAUUUCUCCUGACUCCAAACGUGGAUCCUCGACAGAAUCCCUUACUCUCGCAAACCACCUUCACCCCUCCCCCCUCGUCGUCGUCACUGAGUCCAAACGUGAGGGACUUGGAGCAGCUCAAGCAUCAGUACGAGAGAGUACAGCAGCAGCUCCUGCAGCAACAACUGUUCAUUUCCCAACAACUGCACCAUCAACAGCAGCAGAUUCUGGGAGGAAAGGAGGGGGGAGGGACCGGAGCAGCGAGGAAAUCGACUCCUGUACCUCCGAGUAAGGAAGGCUCGAGCCAACAUAAGGAUACUGGUACUUCUGGGGGAGGAGAUGGGGGAGAGAGGCCAAGGACACAGCUGCAAACCAUGUCACCUUCCCUCCGGGACGGACAGGAAGACAUGGACACAGGGGAGAGUGUUGGGACACCGCCGAAGAGACGGAGAGUUGAAUCUUCUCCAGAUGAGCAGCCCACUUCUGUCUAGACGACACCACUUCCCAGCCAGCCCCUCUUCCUUCUUUCACACCCCACCCUCUCUGUCCUUUCUUUAAUUCUCCCCGCUCUCACUUGCAGAACUCAAUUUAUAUAGCAACAUUACGGAACAAUAGCCCCUUUUUGUAUUGUUCAUUGUACAGAUAUACAAUGCAAACCGAUAACUGAUGUGAUACAUGCAUAUUAUAUAACUCAGUGAAAUAAAAAUAAUAUCGAAUGUGUGUAUAAUUAGUGUAAAAGCUAUAUGCAGGUGGAGAGUCCAUGUGUACAUCAGACGACUACUUCUUGCAGUGUGCAAGUUUCGGUAGCCGUCUUCAUUGAGAGCACAGCCCAACACACCUGGUGUGUGCAGGCUGUGCCAGGGACUCCACAGGCAUAUACAGCUACCAAGAAGGGUGGUUGCCUAACACAUGGGAGGUCUACUGUCAGGAAACGUCAACACACUGGCUAGCAGUAGCGGGAGCAAUGGAUUCCUCCGGGGCAGUUUAAUCUUCCGGAGCCUUAGGCUCUGUUUGUCAUCGACCUCCUUGCUGCUAGUGACGGUGGUGGUGGUAUCUGACGAGUCCGGUGGUGGAGUUUUCUCCCCGGCCUUAUCGUCCUCCUGUGUCUUGUCUUUUUUGGCGCCCUUGAACCAGUCCACAAGUGGUUUUAUCACCGCCCUCCAUAGCAGGAGGCCCAGCGGGACCACUAUACACGUUAGUCAGACCAUGCCCUACAGGCCUACACUGGCUGCAGAAACUCGGCAAACUGUUGAUCGACGAGGCCGAGGGAGAGCCGGAGCGUUUCUUUCUCUAGCUAGCUCUCGCGCAGAUCCCGUGAUC